AUGCAGAAGAGUUUACCAAACGGUAAAUCGAAAGAAUCGGAUAAGAGAAAGGAAAAUCCAAUUUAUAUUAAGUGGAAUCCACAGCAGCAGGUUGUUUUUAAUGAACCUGCGAGAACUUUUGCCACUUUCCAAUCGGGGUCACCUUGUCAGGAUGACGUUAAAUCAAGUAUCAGAUCUCAAUCUCCAGAGAUGAAAAAAUCCAGAGGUCACGAAGAGAUUAGACAAGAUCCAGAGUCGACAAUCCUCCAAGAUCUCGUGGGCGUUCACGAGGACGUUUCGCGAGAAGAUCAGAAUCAACUGAUGAUUCAUUCGCGAGAGAAUAGCAAUUUGUCAACCGCUACAAUUCCUGUCGAUGAACUAGAGAGUCAGAAAGACUCGAGGUUGAAGGCUGAGGAAGAACUUUCUCGAAAUAAACUUCAGUUCGACGAAAAAUUGCAAGAACGUGUAGUUGAAGAAAUGACAAAAAAUGUUGACGAACGUGGUGCAGUGGUCAAUGAAGUUCUCGUUAAGAACCUGCAAUUUGAGCAAGAUCUGCCGGAAAAUCCCGUCGAACAAACGAAACCGGAUCAUGUGGUACAGCAGGUGAAUUUUCACAAUAUCUUGUGCGACGAUUAUGAAAACGAGAAGUUGAAGAAUAAGAAGAUGUAUAUGACAAAGGAGGAAAUGGAACAUCAAAGGCUAAUAGAUAUGUUGAAGAGAGGAAAUUUCGAGAUGCUGAAGAUGAUUCAACUACGGUCUAUUGAAUUCGUGGACAGCGAAAUUCGUGAACAAACUCUCGAGACGUCGCGUCACACUCGCUUAUUGUGA